AUGGAUGCCAUUAGAACAUACCUGACCCAGUUGGAAGAAAUUUUAAGCAGAAAGUUUAGUGAUCAUUCGUUGCUUCUUGGGUUUAAUGCUUCGGUCCAAGCAAAGAUAUAUACAUGGAUCGUGAAUGACUUGGACCAGUACCUGAAACAUCCAGAAAUGGAGUUUGAUGCCAUUGGUGUUUUUGACAAGUUGUGGACGGAUUUCCAUUACCCGAUAAUCAAGUUUUUCCAACAGCAGCAUGCUGUAGUCUUUGAAGAGCAGAAUCGUGAGUUGAAGAAAUGUCAAAAGGAAGGUAGACCGGGGGAGUUCAAGGUUAGGCCAGUUGAAAUGAGAAAGAUUAAUGAUAAUUUUAUGAAAUACAUCAAAGAGAUAUACCAGUUUUAUGGGAAGUUGUUGAAAUAUUUUACAACCAAGUAUAAGAAUCCCAAUAUUCCUGACAAGUUUCUUGAAGAGUUUAGGUUUACGGUAUCUGGGAAUGCAAUUGAGUGUCAAGAUGACAAUUUUCUUGGUCAUGUGAUUCAUUUGAGCCACAAGUGUUGUUUGUGUUUGGGAGAUAUGUUGCGGAACCAAGCUUUUAUCGACACAAACUAUGUUGUUCCAUGUUUGUCAAACAAGGAGUUUUUCAAGUUCAAGUCGCUGCCAAAUAAGAGGAAUCACAUGGGGAGUUAUGUCAAAGCUAUUCAGUACUAUAAUUUAUGUAUCAUGUUGAUUCCUGCAUUGAGUGAACCGUAUAACCAAAUUGGGGUGAUCUACAAUUCCGUGGAUGACAAGUUUAAUGCUAUAUACUGGUUUUUGCGAUCUCAUUUCUCGAGACUUUCGGAGCACCAGUUGGGGUUUGCUAAUAUGAGUGCAAUUUUGAAGAAACACUGGUUUACCACCGCGUUGGUUGAUAUUGUUAAUGGGAAUUCUGAGCGUCGGUUCAGCAAUGCUAAUGUGAUGAAUGUGUUUUUGGUGUGUUUACUUGGGUAUAUUUAUUGUCCUGAGAGGUACAAGAAUGGGCCAAAUAUUGUCAAAAAGAUUCCAUUUUCCAAGAUUGAAACUGAUUUGUUCAAGAUGAUUAGUAGUGAUUUUGAUGAACAGGUGGUAUUGAAACAUCUUGUAGUGAUGUUUGGUAUUGUUAGACUUACAAGGGAGGAUGAACAACGUGACAAGUUGCUUAGGUUUGCUUUUCGAUACGUGGAGAAGGUGUUGGUUUAUCUCAAGACGGGUGAUGGAUUGAUGGUGCUACGUUUUAUUUUGAACUUGCUUAGAGAGAAUGCUCCAUGGUUGCAAGUGUUUACCUCGAGAAGAAACUGUGUGGUGUAUUUAACAGCAGUGUUGAAGAGGUUUGCCAGUGACAGUACCACCCGUCCUACAAGAAUGUUUUUCUUUGAGGAAGAUGUGAAUUUCCGAGAUUGCUCUUUGAUCAAGUACCAGUUUAAGGAUUUCAAUGACGAGGCGUUGUUUAGUCCGUAUAUUGCCAACAUGGUUGUUGGUGAUUAUUCGAAAUGUGAUUUACAAGAUGCAGUUGAUGAGUAUGUGGAGAGGAAACGAACUGAUGCGGUGGUUGUUUUAGGAAAGAAGAUACUAAGUGGAGUACAAGAGAAGAAGGAGAAGAAGCAGGAAAAGCAAGUUACCGUUCCUGCUACUAUUCAGGAUAUUCAGCUGAUGAUUUCGAAACAAAACAAAGAAAUUACGAUGGAUAUUGGUCAAGGCUUGGAAAAGAUGGUUGAUCAGUUGGUAGCAGACGAUGACGAUUGGUAG